AUGAUGAGACAGGUGGCAUCAUCCGUAGGGCCCAUCCUCACCUGCCUGAUGAAGGCUUGUCCCAGCACUGGCUCUGCUGAGGUGGGUUUGCUGCCCCUCGUCCUCCUGGCCACGCUGAGCAGCCUCUCACUGCAGAAAUCCCUGCCUGCAGCCUACAGAGCCCAGGAAGGUGCCCAGGAGAGCACAGGCUUGAUCCAGUGCGGGGAGUACAGCAACCAGGUGCUGCCCAACGGCCGCUGUAAGAUCGUGGCCACGCUGCCGCAGGGGGACGAGCGGAGGUGCCCGGACAUGUUUCGCUGCACCGACGAGGUGUCCUACUGGCUCCACGAGAACGAGGAGAGGAAGCAGCAGAUCCUGGAGCUGCGGGAGCUCAUUUCGGAGCUGCAGGAGGAGCUGAGGAACCACCGGCACCGCAUCAAAGUCCUCGAGCUCCAGCACGAGGAGGCAGCCGGCCGGAACCACAGCUUGGCCCAGCGGGUGCAGGACCUGGAGCACCGGUACAGCGAGGCCAGCACCCUGCAGCACAUCCAGGCCACGCUGCUCUACGACAUGCAGGCACAGAUCAACAACAUCUCCGUCCUCGCCGACUGGGCCUGGCGCAACCCCGCCUGCCUCGGCCCCGCCGAGAUGAGGCUGCAAGAGGAGAUGCACCACCCAGAGGUGAAGCAUGGCAGGAACUGCCCCAUUGACUGUGCUUCUGUUUACUACAACGGGCUCCGGCGCUCUGGCAUCUACAGCAUCAUGCCUUCGGUUGGAGGGAUGCCUAUUGAGGUCCUGUGUGAGAUGGACACUGAAGGUGGAGGCUGGACAGUCAUCCAGAGGCGUCAGGAUGGCUCAGUUGACUUCAACCGGACCUGGAAUGAGUACAAGGAGGGCUUUGGAGACCUUAAUGGUGAAUUCUGGCUGGGCAAUGAGAACAUCCACAAGCUGACCAGCCAAGGGGACUACUCUCUGCGCAUCGACCUGGAGGACUGGAACAGCAAGCAUAAGCAUGCCUUCUACCAGGUCUUCAGCGUUGAGGACGAGGAGAACUAUUACCGCCUGCACGUGGAUGGCUUCAGUGGCACCGUGGAGGAUUCCUUUGCCUGGUACCACAACAAGAGGAGCUUCAGCACCCCUGACUCAGGGAACAUCUGUGCUGAGAUCUCCCAUGGAGGCUGGUGGUACCACCAGUGCUUUUUCUCCAACCUCAAUGGGGUGUACUACAAGGGUGGCAGGUACUCCAUCAAAAGCCGCAAGCUGCUGGGGCCGGACGGGGUUGUGUGGUACUCCUGGAAGGACACAGACUACUACUCCCUGAGGAAGGUGGUGAUGAUGAUCCGACCACGCACUUUCCAGCCCCACCUCUCCCCGUGA